UCACAGACAUACACAAAAUAGAUUACUCGUCAGUCAAUCCUUGAAAAAUUACUGCUUCCGUUUCAUUUUGCACUUCUUAGUGCAGUUUUGGACACAAUUAAUGCCAUUCAAUCAAAAUAAGGUUACAAAACGAAAUAGAACAUUUUUUUCGAUUAUUCGACAACCGGCAAUCUAUUUUUUUUAUGUUUACGCCUUGAGUUAGAGGUUAGGUCUAGAACAAGUUAGUUUCAAAAAUUUGUUUUUUUUUAUCAAAAAAAUGGAACGAGUGAAAUACUGGGAAGAAAAACGAAUGGAACGUAAACGGGAACAAGUGCCCGAUGUAACGGCCGAUAUUGAACUGUCUAUGAAUAAAUUUUUCCUCAACAAUUUAGAAGAGAAUGAAAACAGAGUCAAGACCCAAAAAAUCACGGUGCCCCCUUUGAACCCAUUGAUACUCUACUCUAUUACUUUACACCAGCAAGCAAAUAAUAUUUCUAAAACGAUUAAACAAAAUGAAAUUACACUAAAUGCAAAAAAAGUUGAUUUUCAGUUGCCAGAGUUUGAUCUCAGCGAGAAUCUCACAAUCAGACAUAAUUUAAAUUUUUCUAAAGAUGAUUUUAUGAGUUUUAACAGAGGUCAGGAAGUGGAAGUAAAUGAAUUAAGCAAAACUAUUGUGCAUAAAAUUCUAACUAAAUCAAUUGCCACUCUUUUUGCACAUAUUGGAUACGAAACUUGUCAGCAAAGUGCACUUGAUGUGUUGACUGAUGUUUUACAGGAAUUUUACCGAAAAAUUACAUGUAACGUAAAAAUUGCGAUAGAAGACCAGGAAAAAUACCAUUCCGGGUUUCCACACGUUAUGGAACGAGUUUUGACUGAAAUGGGAUUGGGUGGUAUAAAAGGAUUAAAUGAUUAUUACCAAUCAAGAGUAAUUAAAUAUGUCUCAGUACUUGAAAAUAGAUGUAAACAGUUGAUUGAAGAUUACAAUAAUUUGCUACUUCCAAGACCACCGUCUCCGGUGGAUAAAAUCAAUGAGGCUGUUAGAGUUAAAGUGGAGGAAGAAGAUGUAGUAGAAGUUGAAAAUCCAGAGGUGCAUUUUUCGACCAUAGAUGGUGAUGUGAAUUUUUCUAUACUUGAGCCUGGAUAUCAGCUGCUGAAAAGUCUGGAUAACCUGGAAGCUGAAACAAAUUCACAGGGAAUGGCUGAUAGUGUUGAAAAUAUCACCGUUAGUGAAUCACCGUCUUUCUCCUUACAGUGAAAGAAGAAAUUUAAAUACUUUGAUAGCAAAUAAACGAUAUUUUUAUCAAU